AUGGUCUACUACUUCACCUCCAACGUGAUUGACCCCCCCGCCACCAUCUACUUCCACGCCGACAACCUCUCCUCCGCGCACAUCUACCUGCGCCUCACGCCCGAGCAGACAUGGGACGCCUUGCCCAAGGAGCUGGUGGAGGAGUGCGCGCAGUUGACCAAGGCGAAUUCCAUCGAAGGCAAUAAGAAAGACAACGUCACGAUCGUCUACACGCCGUGGGCGAACCUGCACAAGAAUGCCGGCAUGGCGACGGGGCAGGUGGGGUUUCGGGAUCCGAAAAGGACCAAAAAAACCCUCGUCCCCACCCGCCUCAACCCGACGAUCAACCGGCUGGAGAAGACGCGCCGGGCGCGCCCCGUCGACGACCUGCCCGCCGACAAGGAGGCGCACCUGGCGCGGCAGCGGGCGACGAAGCGGGCCGAGAACGAGAGGCGGCAGAAGGAGGCGGACGGGGUGGCGCGGGAGCGGAGGGAGGAGAAGGAGAGGCGGGAGAGGGGGUAUGAGGAUCUCAUGGCCGAGGGGGGCAGGAGCAACGAGGAGGGGUUCGACGAGGAUGAUUUCAUGUGA